AUGGAACCGCUUUUCAUUCAAGACGACAAGGCACCAAUUAUUCCGUUCAGUAGCUAUACUCCGCGUGUUGCAAUUGUUACAGGUGCUGCACAGGGUAUUGGAUGUGCCAUUGCUCACAGACUUGCUGAUGAUGGCAUCGACGUGGUUAUUAAUGAUCUUGCUUCAAAACAAGAUCAGAUCAAAACUGUUGUCGAAAACUUGCACAAGAAAGGGCGGCGUGCAAUUAGUGCUCCAGGAGAUAUAUCUUCAGAGGCGGAUGUGAUCUCCAUUAUUGAGAGGACAGUACAGGAGCUAGGUAGUGUGGACAUUAUGGUUGCAAAUGCAGGAGUUGCUUUGCUGCGAAGCUUUCUUCACACAAGCGUUGAAAGUUUUGACAACGUCCUUGGAGUCAACGCGCGUGGCACUUUCUUGUGCUUCAAACAUGCCGCACUGCAGAUGAUAAAGCAAGGCCGAGGUGGACGAUUGAUUGCUGCAAAUUCCCAAGUGGGAAAGCAAGCAUCGCAGAAUUUGGUUGCUUAUUCUGCCUCGAAGUUCGCUGUGCGUGGAAUAGUGCAGACCGCCUGCAUUGAGUUGAGAAGAUACGGCAUCACAGUAAAUGGAUAUUCACCUGGAGCUGUUCGUACAAACAUGGAUACCGGAAUUACCGACCCCAAGCAGUAUGUCGCUGCGAUGGGCCCACUUGCAAGCUGCCCGCUAGGGGAACCCGAGAAUAUUGCAAGCCUGGUGGCGUACCUAGCGAAGCCCGAAUCUUUCUUCGUUAACGGGCAAACCAUCGGUGCUGAUGGAGGCUAUCGUUUUGAUUGA